CACUGUCACACCAUUUAUUUAUAUAAGGUCAUUAUAAUAUUGGCAUCUCUAUUUUCAAUAUGAUUUAUUAUUCCUAACACGCUAUUGGCCUUUUUUACAGCAGAGGCACACUGUGUUGAUACAUUCAUUAAUCCAAGAUCUCUUUCCUCAUUAGUCACUGCUAGCUCUGAUCCCAUUAGUGUCUACAAAUUUUGUUGUAUUUUAUGAUGGGGGGGGCAAACUAUUUUCUUCAAAGUCUGUUACUCCAUCAAGGUGCUUCCUUGUUGCUUCUCCAAGAGAUAGGUCAGGUCAUCUAGCUGGGGAAGUGGCUUCUCUAUAUUAUGAGUAACCUUAUGAGUAACCAUGCAUUCAGAUCAAGCUUCUAAACUUGCAAUUCAAUUUAUGGAAACUAAUUUGAAGUAACAUUAAUGCACAGGACAAUUUUAUUUGAUCACCAACUUUCCAAAACCAUCACUGAAAUCGAUGUAAAUUCUCCACAUCCUUCCCCCAUUGGAUGCCUGCUGAAUAACUGGGAAUUAAUCUUCUAGACCAGAAUUCUAGACAAACUGGAGUUCCACAUCCCUUAAUAAUUCCAAAUUACUGUGAGUCUAUACUACCAGAGAUCGCUUUUCCAACAGAUAACCCCCAAAGCAUAGAUCUAUAGAUCAUGCUGAAGAACUAAAGGUGGUCUUCAUCAUGCCACAGAAUGAAUGAAUGCACUAACAUUGCCCCAUAGAGCAUCACAAAAUGAUUUGCACCCAAACUCUUCCACCAGCAACUCAUACUUUGUAUUUGUAAAAAUCAGCACAUGAACUUAUUUCAGUUACCCUUGUUGAAAAUAAACAAUUAUUUACUGGACUGUUGUUGUAGUUAGGUUGGUUUUCUGAGCUGACUCUGCUCUCUUUCACCUAGGCCUGACACAAGAACAAGCUGUUAGCAACUCCUUUGAAACAAGUGUUGCUGCUGGUUGAACCUGCUCAAGUGCUGAUUCAGAAAUAAACCAUUUAAAGCCCAUUCAGGUCAGUAAGGUUGUUCCAAGGUAGUAAACAAAUACCCUCCUGAAUUUGCAGCACAGAAAGCAGAAUCAGACAGACUUCAAACAAUUCCUGAUCAGCACUGGGGUGCAAACUGCAUGUUAGUGCACCUAUCAAAUGUGUGAAAGUCAAGCAAUUUAGAAAAUAUUUUGUUUGGGAUAAUUGAGAAUGUGCCCAAUAAAGAAACAAGAACAUAGGAUUUGCAUCAGUCGUAGCAAAUAUAUAAUUUUGGAAAGGUUAACCUUGUUUAGUUUCAUUUUGCGUUUUAAAGUUUGAUGUAGCAAAAUCAAAUAUAUACAAUCCCAUCUGAUUAGCACAUACCGUUUUGUAGAUGCAUGGUAUACUUUCAAAGUUAAUAACUUCUAACAGGCAUGUAUACACUUACAAUAAUAUAUUGGUGAUACAUGCCCACUGUUUUUUUUUUGAAGACAGCUUUGUAGGAAUUUACACUGAGAAAAGGGCUCCCAGGGAUCUGGGCACUCUUUCCUGAAAUGAGGUAUGCAGGUAUUACAGGUAGCAUAAAAUAAUCUCCAUGUUUUUACUUAAAAAAAAACACCUUUCUUUUCUGUCAGCUUGUGCCUACGUGGUCAUGCUCCCCAUGAGUCAAGGAUGCCAAAUAAGACCUAGCAGCUAAGUUCUCUCAAGAGCCAAUUUAAACCUUCAAAACAAAUUAUAACAGUACAUCAGGAAUGACACACCUUCUAAGCACAGGUGGAAGAAGCUCUCUUCAAAUUAUUCCAUUUUAAUACGUCCCCUCUCUUGGAAAAGUAGUUCCAAAUGGCCAUGAUGCAACCAUUCACCUCAAUGUGGUAACUUUGCCAGAACUAAGGAUAAGAACUAUCAGGUAAAAUAGGCUUUUAUCUUCCUUUCCCCUUCUCUCUUCAUCCAAUCACAUUCUUCUCUUGCAGAUCUAUCAUGAUGUGCCACCCUUUUCCAGCAUUCUUAAUGGUUUCCAUCAUUCUCAUGCAGCCAGGCACCUUUGCUCAAGAGUUCCCCAUUCAGAGUCAACAGCAUCAUCAUGAUCAAUAUUGGUACCAGACAGCAGUAGAUCAAAUCCCAGUGAUCAAUGGGGGUACCUGCAAAGUGAUUGCUGUCCGACGCUGCUGCAACCGCAACCAUAUUGAAGAACGGUCCCAAACCAUCCAAUGCUCCUGCCUCCAAGGGAAAGUGGCUGGGACAACCCGUGGCAAACCUUCUUGUGUGGAUACCUCCAUUGUGACAGGAAAGUGGUGGUGUGAUAUGGAGCCCUGCCAGGCUGAAGAGGAGUGCAAAGCAUUACCUGACAAUUCAGGCUGGAUGUGCUCAUUAGGAAACCGUGUCAAAACCACCAAGGUAAGGUCUCUCACAACCCUGACAAAAGUGAAGUCUACACAGGAUGUCACUUCCCUUCCCAUAUCUCAGAUGUGAAUCUUAAGGAUGUAGAGGUUUUGUUUCUUUCUUUUUAAGCACAUUGUGCAGAUACUGGAGAUUAAUUUCCAUUUAACAAUUUAUCCUGGUUUGCUUUUCAGAUCCAUCCCAGGAAUUAAAGUCUGUGACAAUAGAAAACCCAUCCCUGAAGAGGUCAUGACAGAUUUCAAAUACUGUAAUAAUCACCAACUUUAUGAUGAAUGCUAAUGGGGUAUGCAAACUUUUUGUCCACAGGGGAGGACAAAACGUCAGGGUGAAACACAAUAUAUUGCUGGCCGCAUUGUGCUCUUUGUUAAGGGAAAAAGAAUCAAAGAUCUUUCAUUAACAGAAGAAAGAUUCAGCCCUAUUUUUUUUUCUUAGAACAGUAGAGCAAGUUGGUU